AAUAAAAAAGAUAAAAAAGAGAGAUCGAGAUCCAACCAAUACAAAGACCCUUCUUCUCUUUUUUAAACCCUUUUUACUACUUUUCUUCACCUCUCUACUUUCUACUUUACUACCUAACCUCCCUUUAACAAACAAUAGCUAAUGAUAAUGAUCCAAGAUUACGUCGAUUCACUGUGUGACACAAUUGGCUUGCCCGUUUUAAAAUAUCAUUGGCAAGUCAUUCUGUUAUCCACCAUAUUAUGCAGCGUCAUAUUCGAGAUAUCCAGAUGCAUCUCCCCGAUAUUGUUCCCAAAGACAUUCCAGUUCUUUAAAGGCUACACACCUACCAACUGGCACGUUCACGUCGUCUCGACAUUUCACUCUAUCCUAAUCACUGUUGGAUCUAUCUCCAUUUUACUUGAUGGCGAAUUAGCAAAGAAUAAGGUCUUUGGCUACAGCGCAUCUGCAAUGACCAUCUACUCCAUCUCGUGCGGGUAUUUCAUUUGGGAUGUGGUGAUGGCUGUUCGUUAUAUCAAGUAUCAAGGCAUCAGUAUGGUGUGUCAUGGCGUUGCAGGCUUCAUCGUCAUCUUCAUGGGCUAUAGACCCUUUAUCAACUAUUAUGGCUCGAUCUUUUUACUCUAUGAAGCCAGCACACCCUUUCUCAACAUUAAUUGGUUCAUGGACAAGCUGGGCUGGACGGGCAGUAAGCUUCAAUUGAUCAACGGCGUCAUGUUGAUUUCGGUGUUCUUCAUGGCACGGAUCGUAUUUGGCUUAUCGAUGUCCUACUAUCUUUGGGUGGAGAUUUAUGCCGUCAGGGAAAUGGUGCCCUGGAGCUAUUUCGUAAUCUACGGUGUCGCCAAUGUAGUGACAAGUCUACUCAAUAUCUACUGGUUCGGCUUGAUGCUUCGCAUGCUUCGUAAACGAUUCCCCUCUUCCAAUACCAAGAAGGCAUAAGCAACUCUAUCCGAAAUCCCACUCAAAUUUUUGUUUUUCACACACACACACACCGCAUCAUACACGCACGCACAAAAUCAAACAACAAACAACAACAACAAGAACUGCAGCUACAACAACUACUACUACUACUACUACCACGCUUACU